AGCCACAGUCAACAAUCAUAUAACCCUAACAAAAUUUAAAAAAAAAGAAAAAACUGGAUUUUCUUCAACAAUGGGAAACGCGGAGAAGCUUCUGAAUCAGAUCAUGGACUUGAAAUUCACAUCAAAAUCGCUGCAAAGGCAAGCACGGAAGUGCGAGAAGGAAGAGAAAUCGGAGAAAUUGAAAGUCAAGAAGGCGAUCGAGAAAGGAAACAUGGAUGGUGCUCGAAUCUAUGCCGAGAACGCCAUUCGUAAGAGAACUGAACAGAUGAAUUACUUGAGGCUCGCCUCCAGGCUCGAUGCCGUCGUGGCCAGGCUUGAUACUCAGGCUAAGAUGACUACCAUUAACAAGUCUAUGGCUUCUAUUGUUAAGUCUCUCGAGUCGACUCUCGCUACUGGUAAUUUGCAGAAGAUGUCAGAGACAAUGGAUCAGUUUGAGAAGCAGUUUGUGAACAUGGAGGUACAGGCAGAGUUCAUGGAGAGCGCGAUGGCUGGUUCUACCUCGCUGUCCACACCUGAGGGUGAGGUCAACAGCUUGAUGCAACAGGUAGCUGAUGACUAUGGGUUGGAGGUCUCUGUCGGGCUGCCACAGCCUGCUGCACAUGCAGUGGCAACCAAGUCGCAGGAGAAGGUGGAUGAGGAUGAUUUGUCAAGGCGGCUUGCAGAGCUUAAGGCCAGAGGAUAAAUUAUGUUUCAGGAUCUGAUGAUCUCAUGCGAAUGUUACAUAUCAUUAAUAUAUAUGGUGUUUCGAUUGUGCUUCAUGCCGAAAACAUAUUGUGUAAAUCUGGUUUAAUUGGAUUAAAGUACCUGCAGACUCUUUGCAUGUUGAAUAUGAAUGGUUAAUGCACUCUAUGAGUUGCUUAACAUAUUUAUCA